AUGGUUAAACACAAUGAGCAUGUGUCACAGAGAAAAUUGCAAAAUGCUAACACAAAUACGACUUUUGUGUUUUCGUGCAAUUAUAACAACUACUCAAGAGCAAGUCUGAAAAAUUGUUUCGCACAAAUUCCUCAAGAAUUGUUAGAAAUGCCUGAACAGUGUCAAAUGGAUACAAUUGAUGAAAGUUGUUUCGACAAAACUUUUGUCGACAUAGAUAAGCAAAUUACAAUAAUUAACCAAAGCUUCCAAAAUGAAGGUAUAGUUUUUUCAAAAGAAUUUUUCAAGCAGAUUCAGAUUGUCGGACAAAUUGAAAAUAAAUUUAUUGCUGCCAUAUAUGUAUCAUUUUCAAAUAAUUAUACUCCAUAUAUUAUUCUAUUUGAUCAGCAUGCAGUCGAUGAAAGAAUUCAAUUAGAGGCAUUGAUAAAAGCGGAGGUCCAUGAAAAUGGGCAGUUUUAUUCUACUUCUCUCGAAUAUCCAAUUAGAUUUGAAGUGUCAGGCGAAGAAUUGCAAAUAUUGAUUUCUAUGUCAUAUCGUCUAAAGAAUAUUGGUUUCAAUAUUUGUGCUGAUAAAGUUAAUUCGAUGCUGAUUGUUUCAUCAAUACCGACACUCCUUUGCAAAUAUGUUAAAUUAAAUCAACAAAUCAAAAUGCCCGACGUUAUUAGAGAUGUUAUGAAGAAUGAGAUGAUCUUUUUUCAAGAAAAUGGACGACUAUCAUCCACGUUUCCAUUUACCUACCAUAAAAUACUCUGCAGAGAAGCUUGUAAACGAGCAAUCAAAUUUGGCCAACAAUUGUUUAAAAACGAAAUCGAACAUUUGUUUAAAAGUUUGUCACAAUGUCAAGCACCAUUUCAAUGUGCUCAUGGGAGACCGAUAUUAACUGUCCUUUCUGAAUUCAUAGAUCAAGAAUCUAAGAUUGUGGCACCCAGUCUUCAAAACAUUACACUUUCUCAAUAAGCGGAAAAAAUAUAAAUCUCAGGAUAAAAGAUAAAUACAAAGGAGCAAACAUUCUGAUUAAUGACAGCUAUUUAAUUUCUAAAUUUUUC